GUGGAAAUAGUAUACCUUUUGAUCGGAAUAUACAAGUAUAAUCAAAUGCAUUACUUGGCAUAAUGUUUUUGAUUUUUGGUAUAAGCAUUAUCUGAUCAAAUAAUUAAGGCAACUGCAGAGUUAUGGUGGGAAAAAAUCUACAACUGAGAUCAAUAUGCUAUGGUUUCUUCUUACUGCUGAGUUUCAGACCACAUGUUACGAAGGCACAAACACCGAGUUUUCUGGCAAGUAAUUGCCAAAACACAACCCAAGAACCCCUCAGCAGUGUAUACCAAACAAAUCUUGAUGGCAUGCUCAGAUGGGCAUCGUCAGACGCAGCCACAAGCAAAGGUUAUAACUACAAAAGUAUAGGUAAAACCAGUCCUGUGUAUGGCCUCUAUGAUUGCCGUGGUGAUGUGGUUGGAUACUUUUGUCAAUUCUGUGUCUCCAUUGCUGCCAAGGAAGCCCCUCAGCACUGCCCCAACAGGGUCUCUGCUAUGGUUUGGUAUGAUUUUUGUGUUAUAAGGUACUCCAAUGAGAGCUUUUAUGGGACUGUUUUAACAAACAUAUCAUGGCAUGUUCUUGGAGAGAAAAAUAUAUCCAACAUGGAAGAUAUUCAGAAAGGUGAUGAUUUUGUGAGAGGUUUGAUCAGAAAAGCAACAAAGGAAACUAACCAGUUGUUUUAUAUGGAUGUCUUCAAUUUGAGUUCCACAGAGAAAAGAUAUGGCUUGGUGCAAUGUUCUAGAGAUCUCACAAACGAAGGGUGCAGACAGUGUUUGGAGACAAUAUUAGCCCAAGUGGCCAAAUGUCGUGAACAGAAAUUAGGAUGGGUGGUUUGGACUGGAAGUUGUGCGAUAAAGUAUGAUGAUCAUAUGUUCUACCAAACAUCUUCAGUUGCUGAGCCUAAUCCGAAAUUAGCUAAGCAAGGGGGUAAUAACAGGUCAAAAAUCUUGAUUAUUAGCUUCAGUGUGACAGGGUCAAUAACUUUACUAUGUCUGAGUGUAUAUGGGUGGUGGUGUAGAACUAGAAAAGAUGGUCUGAUAGCUCGUGCCAUUCGUCUAUCAUCAUAUCACAAUAUUCAAACUGAGGACACACUGAAUCCAGACCUUCCUACUAUCCCAUUAAUCACAAUUCUACAAAGUACUGGUAACUUCUCUGAAGUAUCAAAACUGGGGGAAGGUGGAUUUGGCCCAGUGUACAAGGGAAUUCUGCCUGAUGGAAGACAAAUUGCAGUUAAAAGGCUGUCACAAUUUUCUGGUCAAGGCUCAGAGGAGUUCGAUAAUGAAGUAAUGCUUAUAGCUAAACUGCAACAUCGCAACCUUGUGAGACUUCUUGCAUGUUGCUUGGAGGAAAAUGAAAAGAUACUAGUUUAUGAAUAUUUGCCUAAUAAAAGCCUAGACUUUCAUCUGUUUGAUGAUGAGAGAAAAAAACAUUUUGAUUGGAAAUUAAGAUUAAGAAUUAUCAAUGGAAUAGCAAGAGGUGUUUUAUACCUUCAUGAGGACUCUCGACUGAAAGUAAUUCACAGAGAUCUCAAAGCUAGCAAUGUUCUAUUAGACCCUGAAUUGAAUCCCAAAAUAUCAGAUUUUGGAUUGGCAAGAGCAUUUGAAAAAGGACAGAACCAGGCAAAUACGAAACGAGUGAUAGGCACAUAUGGAUACAUGGCUCCGGAGUAUGCUAUGGAAGGAUUGUUUUCAGUGAAAUCUGACAUUUUCAGUUUCGGAGUUAUCGUCCUAGAAAUCAUUUGUGGGAGGAAAAAUAGGGGAUUCUAUCUCUCAGAGCAUGGUCCAACCCUUCUGUUGUAUGCUUGGAGAAUAUGGUGUGAAGGAAAAUGUUUGGAAAUGAUGGAUCCAACGCUGGAAAAAUCCUUCGUAGGAAGUGAAGUUGAGAGAUGCAUACAGAUUGGUCUGUUAUGUGUUCAAGAAGAUGCGAAAGAUAGAUCAACCAUGUCUGAUGUUGUUGUGAUGUUGGCAAGUGAGGGAAUGGUCCUUCCAAAACCCAAGCAUCCACCCUUUUCGAUUGGAAGAAUGACCUUAGCGGAAUUCUCUACAUCAAACAGUUCCAAGAACCUUUCCAUUAAUGAUGUAACAACCUCUGUUACUAUGCCGAGAUAAUGAACACUUUUGUAUUUGACUUCAUUUAUUGUCCUCAUGGGACAUCGCGUGUCAACUCACAAGUCGUCAGCUCCAACACGCCACCAUGACACCCUAGUCAAAGGUCUGUAACUAUUUUCCACCACCGCACCUACACCAAUCAUAACCUGCACAGUUUUGCUGGCCAGCAUGCACACCUACACCCUAUGUCACAGUUCCAUUAUCAAUAAUGUACUCUUUUAAUGUGCAAGCUCAUGUACACUUGAUAAAUAGCAAUCUUGGAGGAAAAUUAAAAAACAAAUAUCCAUAUAUGUUCAAGUAGGAAGUGGAAACCAAAAAUAUCUCAGUAAUGAACAUAGCUCAAUAUUUGUUCCUAGAAAGAGAGAAGGAAAAAAUUGUGAUCAGAACAAAAUAGCCUCAAACUCACAGGUUAUGCCAUGAUAACGUAUUAAGAAGAAAAUAUUUACAAUACCAACAGGGCAAGUUAACUCGAAUAAAAGGCUCUUAAUAAAGAGUGCCAUAUCCUGUUUUUCUUUGCAAAUCCAUGGCCAUUGUGCUCCAAUGGCUCUCCCAAGCAUUUUCACAAACAGGAGACAGCCAACACCAACUCAUACUUGUUUGGGUUAU